CUUUCCAUUUUCUAUUUCACUCUUUGUUUGAAUUUGCUGAGAUUCUCUGUAGCGAAGCGUUUGCAGCUUGAAGAACAGAACACCAGACCAUAAACACAGCAACGUACACAUCAAUCUCAGGUAAAAAUGGACUUCUUUAGAGAACUUAGAGAGCUACGAGGUAACCAGGGUAGAGAGGAAGAAGAGGAAAGGGUUAUUUCUGUAGAGCCCAUCGCGAUGAUAGUGCCGCCGGCCCUACAAAACUUGCCGGAAACGAUAACGCCUGAGAGCAGCGCCAAUUCAAGCGCCAGAGAUGACAGUGGCAACAACCACGCUUCACCAUCCAGCAGUUUGUCCUCUGAAGAGACACCCAGCCACGGGGAAAACACAGGGGAUGUUGCUGGCAAUGUACCAGAUCUGCCUGUGGUUAGAGAAUGGGAGAGUAGGAUAAUCACGGGUAGGUUGAGCAACCUUCGGAAGGUGCCCAAGGACCUGCUUGCUGGAUUUAGGUUCAGGGCAGCACUUCAUCAUGAAGUGGCAAACGGUGCGCCUUCAAUAAGUGGAUAUAAGAAACUGAAGGAGAUGGUGAUGUCGUACCAAAUCCCCAGAACAAUAUUGCUCCGAGCUGGUACACAGAACGAGAGGGCCUGCACGGUGUCACAGACAGGUUGGAUACCAGUGUUUUAUGCUGUUGUGUGCGAGGUUGGAGAUACCGGCCAAGGCGAUAGUGUUCAGGUCAUUAUUCCAAUGUCGGCUGUGCCCAAACUCCAGAGGCGCAAAGUGGUACUACCUCUUUGGGAGGGAGAAGAGCCAGCUCUUCAAGAACAGGAAAUGAGCAGCAUACUAGAAAGGCAGCAUCAACGAGCCCAGGGCUCCCGAGGUCGCGUGGCGGGUAGCGCUUCACAGAGACAAACAUGGUUUGACGAGCGGCCGCCCCUAGCACCACAAUCUCGCUGCUCGUCACAUCGUGGAUCUAGCUCGGCGUCCAGGGCACGAGCCGAGCGUAAAGUUGAAGCUGUGGCUCCCAGUGCACGCAGGCGUGCACUUGAGGAUAUCAACAGCAAGGAUGAGGUCCCCCUCAUGCGACGCAGAACAACAGUUGAGACUGCACCUGCGUCAACCACAGUGUUGGCACCCCAGAUUGCAUAUCCGGAGGGCUUCAGCUACGUGAAGACGGACUGCCAGCCCGCCAUGGUGCAGGGCAUGCAAAGUUUUGUGCCUCCCGUAGAUCCGUUCAGCUAUGCGGUCGCGCUGUUUGAAAGCGCUCAGGGAGCUCGCACACAGAACAGCGGGCUUAAUGCCAACUGCAAACAGCUGGCCACAGAGAAGGCGAGCUUAGUGGAUAACGUCAAUCGUCUGCAAGGCUUUGAGAUGGCCACUCGAGUUGCUUCGGUGGAAAGUCGAGCAGAGGAGCUGGCGAGCAGGAACAAUGAGCUUAAGGAGGAGCUGGAGAGGGCCCACGCCGAGAAGGAAAGCAGGAUCCAGGCAACCAAGGAUGAGGCCACCCACGUUGAGGAACGGGCCAAGAAAGCUGAGGCCGAGAGGGACCAUACUCUGAACGAGUUGAGCUCCCUAAGGCAACAAGUCGCCGAGGCCGCCAAGAGCCUUAACAAAGCUGAAGAGGCCCUGAACAGAGUGAAGACAUCUCAAGGGCACUUUGUAAGCAUCGCUCGUGCUCAAGGGGCAGAAUGGCUGGUGGGCUCGGCCGCGUUCCAAGACGCUGUGGCAGUGGCGUCUGCAAACAUGACCACAGAAAUCUACAACAAGAUCUAUGGGAAGGUGUUGCAGCAUCGUCCUGAUUUCCCAAUAUGUGAGCUGGCGUUCUUUGAUGGGGAGGACCUUGACAAGCAGGGUAAGAGCCUUGCUCCCCUUGCUGAUGCAACAGUGCUGUUGAGAUGGGAACUCAACGAGAAGGGAGUACCUAUCUGGCCUCCCUCAGUCUUGGAAGAAGGGGGGGAUCCAGAGGGUCUACCCUCCUUCGACUCAUGGGUUGAAAGGGCUCUUGUGGCUGAACCAGAGCCAUCGAGCACUCCCCCAAACUCUCAGCCUGCCGUGGUGCUGGCAAGGUCUCCCAUUACUACACCAGCUCGCGAGCCUGCGGCCCAGUCAUCUCCAGCUCGCGCCUCAGGCCCUCCUGCUGACGCAUUCGCGCCCAUCGACCUGACGGACGAUUAGUUUAGGGUUAUACUUUUUCUUAUUCUUUUGUACUUUUUGUUUCUUGUUUUGAACAACUUCAUCAUGAUCUCUUAUACUGAAAUUUGUAACUUUUGAACAGUAAUAGAAAGUGGGAGAUUUU